AUGCCUGGUUUCCAUCCACCAGAGGACUUUGACUUCACCUCUCCUGAGAAGUGGCCGGCGUGGCGUGAUCGCUUCAUCCGCUACCGACUGGCAUCGGGACUUCACAAGGAGGACGACGCUGACGAGCGGAUCCGGGAUCGUCUCAUAUCCGGGAUGUCCGACAGGGAGCUGUCCCGCAAGAUCCAGCUCAAAUCGCUCGAGGAAGAGGUGUCGAUGAAUACCGUCAUUACUAUGAUGCGUAACGUCGAAAUCUUCACAGGAGAGGUGCAUGAAGACGUCUUCGGAGAAGCAGGUCUCAUGAAGACGGCACCGAUCAGCAUCCGGCUACGCGAGGAUGCCGUCCCGGUCGCUCUCUCCACAGCAAGACACGUCCCCCUGCCGCUGAUGAAGCCAGUGGAGGAGGAGCUGAAGAGAAUGGAAGAGCAGGGCAUCAUCGUACCAGAGACUGAACCCACAGACUGGGUAUCCGCGCUCGUCCCUGUCCCGAAGAACAGUGGUGUCCGGAUCACAGUUGACUACAAAAAGCUGAACCAAGCCGUAAAGCGUGAGAUCUUCCCGAUCCCGACCCUGGAGCACCUGACGUCCAAGCUGGGCGGUGCGACACUGUUCUCCAAGCUGGACGCUUCUUCUGGCUUCUACCAGAUCCCGUUGGACGAAGCAAGCUCCAAAAUGACUACGUUCAUCACACCGUUCGGCAGGAAGAGGUUCCUGCGCCUGCCGAUGGGAAUCUCACUGGCUCCGGAGUGCUUCCAGCGAAAGAUGCAGGAGAUGCUGGAUGGACUGCCUGGAGUCAUCGUCUACAUGGACGACACGCUGGUUUUUGGAGAUGCAAGCAACCAUGACGCACGCCUCGAAGCCGUCAUCAGAAGAAUCCACGAAUCUGGCCUCAAGCUGAACAAGACGAAAUGUGAGUUCCGAAGGGACGAGGUCAAGUUUCUUGGCAUGAAGAUAAGCAAGAAUGGCAUCGGCGUGGACGACGAGAAACUUGAAGCGAUACAGCAGCUCCAGCAGCCAAAGAACGUCACAGAGCUCCGGUCUCUGCUAGGGGUGGUCAACUACCUCUGCAGGUUCGUCCCGCACAUCCAGGAGCGCCUAAGGCCCCUCAACGAUCUGCUGAAAAAGGACGCUGCGUGGAACUGGACGCCUCAGCAGCAGCAAGCACUGGAUGAUGUGAAAGCAGCCGUCACGUCCGCUCCAGUCCUGGCGUUCUACGACCCAGCGCGUGAGACAGUGGUCAGCGCAGACGCAAGCAGCUACGGAAUCGGAGGAUGCAUCCUUCAGAAGCAUGGUUCCAGCUUCAAGCCCGUCGCAUUCUGCAGCAGAAGUCUGACGGACACAGAGACGAGGUGGGCCCAGAUUGAAAAGGAACUACUCGCUGCAACUUGGACGUGCGAGAAGAUGCACAUGUUCCUGUCUGGACUGCCGUCGUUCGACCUACAACUGGAUCACAAGCCACUGAUCCCGCUCAUCAACACGAAAAAUCUCGUAGAUGCGCCAAUCAGGUGUCAGCGCAUGCUCAUGCGACUGAUGCGUUACAACGCAACAGCGGUGUUCAUUCCAGGGAAGCAGCACCUGGUACCUGACUUCCUCUCGCGUCAUCCACUCCAGAAGCACGAUGCGAUCGGCGCUGUGCUACAGGAAGACGUCCACAACUUCUGCAAGAGGGUCUUCGAUGACCUGCCCGCCACACCGCAGCGUCUGGUGGAGAUCAGCAGGGCACAACAGGCAGAUGAACUCCUCCAGCGCGUGGUUCAGCAGACUCUCUCUGGCUGGAAGGAGGGAGCAAAGCACUCCGACAUGCUGGACUACUUCGCCGCGCGUGGAGAAAUCAGCGUUCUCUACCUGACAAGCGGCACACUGCUGAUGUACGGCCGCCGCAUCAUCAUACCGCCUAGUCUGCGUGAAGAGAUGCUCAACCGUCUACAUGACGACGGUCACUUCGGGCUCAACAAGUGCCGCCAGCGAGCAGCAGAAUCCGUCUGGUGGCCCAAGAUCAGCAUCGACUUGAAGCGCCACGUCGAGCACUGCGCGUUCUGCCAAGUGCACGCGCCCUCCCAGCACGCUGAGCCACUGGUAACGACUCCAACGCCGUCAAGACCGUGGAAUCACAUCGCAGCAGAUAUCUUCCACUUCAACAACAGCAACUGGCUCGUGACUGUGGACCUCUUCAGCAGGUAUCUGGAAAUUCAACGCCUGCCCAGCCUCACAAGCACCGCAGUCAUCGAGCGGCUGAAGCGCCUGUUCUCCAGACUGGGGAUACCGGAUCUGAUGACAACAGACGGAGGAACGCAGUUCACUUCCAGCUCAUUCGCCGACUUCGCAGCGUCGUACGGCUUCACACACCGCGUCACUGACCCGCACACGCCAUCAUCCAACGGAGCAGCUGAACGGGCCGUGAGGACCGCAAAGUGGAUACUUCGCCAAAAAGAUCCUCACCUCGCUCUCCUGAACUACCGAACAACGGCUGUGGAAGCCACUGGAUACUCCCCGGCCCGCCUUCUGAUGGGACGUGAGCUUCAGUCCCGUCUCCCCGUCGCUCAGCAGCCCGCCAAGAAGGCAUGGCGGCACGCCAAACUCCGCGAUGGGCGGAGAAAGAAGAAACAGGAGUCAACCGUCAAUCAGAGGCGAGGCGCCCGCAACCUGCCUCCGCUGCAUCCCGGCGCCAGAGUCCGGAUCAAGACAGAAAAGGGCAGCUGGUCGGAGCCCGCCAUCGUCACGCAAAGGCUCUCCAGACGCAGCUAUCUGGUGGAGCUCGGCGGCUGCCAAUAUCGCCGCAACCGACGGCACCUGCUGCUGAUCCCUCCUGUUCCGUUACAG